CCAACAAAACACAUUAGGGGUAGCCAAUCCGUGACGACAGAGUACGGCUGGCAAAGAAGCCAUUACAGCUGCUGGCAAAAUAUUGACAAUUUGUCAACCAACAGAGUUUUUGAUUUGCCGUAUUCAUGACCUCUACUGAGUAAUCGCGGUAUUGAUUGGGAGUCGCUGUGCUCAGUGGAGUCACAGGGAGAGGAGGAGACGGACAGAAGAAAAACAAAGAUGGCUGUGUAGUCCAGAAGGCGAUUUCCAGCAGAGUCGCAAUACUGGUUGAUAAGCUCAUCGGGGGUAUAUCUAGUCGAAUACCUCUCGAUCGGUUUCGGCUGGUUUGUGAAAGAAGUCCGGGAAUCUUUGUGCAGGGCCGUGUCCUGAUGGACUGCGGUGUGUGCGCUGUCACUGCGAAUAACGACGUCAAUAGCACGACGGGGUCUGUUUUGUUCCAAAGCAGGAGAAAACUCAAUUGUUUUGAAAGGCUGAUGGCUAGCACUAGCUAGAUGCAUAGCUAGAUAAACUUUUAUAGGGAUUAUAGCUAACGUCAGCUAGCUAGCAACGUCACAUAUGUUGCGACAGCAAUUCAGUAAACGUAAGCUGCAUAUAUAACGUUAGCGCUAAACAUUCCGAAUCAUACGAAAGCGUCGUUCAAUAGACUGUUAGCUUAUUUAAAUCUAAGUCCGUUUAUUUACGAAAUAAUCGCUGCCAGAGUUAGCUAGCUAGCUAGAGCUUCACGCUGUGAGGUCGACAGUCGAACGUAGAUCACAAAAUACAAAAGAGAAAAAACGAGAAUUAAAUAGAUGUCCUCUAUGGAGGAACGGGUGGAAGUAGGGGUUGCGGCAGCUUCGGGCUCUUCCUCUGCCGGACUAGGUGUCGGGGCAGUGGGUGGCGCCCUGGAAGCGGUUGCUGUGGGUGCCGUGCUGGCUGGAAUACAGGAGGAGGCCGGGGUGCGGAGAGAGGUGUCCGGGCCUGAAUCUGACCCCGACGCGCCGCCCAAGAAGCGAAUGAGACUCCAGGAAGGCGAGGCAGGGAAAUUGGAGGAGAGAUUGUAUUCCGUACUCUGCUGCACCGUGUGCCUAGACCUACCCAAAGCCUCCGUCUAUCAGUGUACGAACGGGCACCUGAUGUGCGCAGGCUGCUUCAUCCACCUGCUGGCCGACUCGCGUCUGAAGGAGGAGCAGGCCACCUGCCCCAACUGCCGCUGCGAGAUCAGCAAGAGCCUGUGCUGCCGGAACCUGGCGGUGGAGAAGGCGGUGAGCGAGCUGCCCUGCGACUGCAGCUUCUGCCUCAAGCAGUUCCCGCGCAGCGGCCUGGAGCGCCACCAGAAGGAGGAGUGCCAGGACAGAGUUACCCAGUGUAAGUACAAGCGGAUUGGCUGCCCGUGGCAGGGUCCUUUCCAUGAGCUGACUGCCCACGAGGCUGAGUGCUGCCACCCAACCAAGACGGGCAACGAGCUGAUGGGCAUCCUGGACGAGAUGGACCAGUCCCACCGCAAGGAGAUGCAGCUGUACAACAGCAUCUUCAGCCUGCUCUGCUUCGAGAAGAUCGGCUUUACAGAGGUGCAGUUCCGGCCGUACCGCACCGACGACUUCAUCACCCGGCUGUACUACGAGACGCCGCGCUUCACCGUGCUCAACCAGACCUGGGUGCUGAAGGCGCGGGUCAACGACUCGGAGCGCAACCCCAACCUGUCCUGCAAGCGCACGCUCUCCUUCCAGCUGAUCCUGAAGAGCAAGGUCAACUCGGCGCUCGAGUGCUCCUUCCUGCUGCUCAAGGGGCCCUACGACGACGUGAAGAUCAAGCCCGUCAUCAACCACCACGUCUUCAGCAACGACACCAACGAGACGGACUACGUGCCGCUGCCCAUCAUCGACUCGGUCGAGUGCAACAAACUGCUGGCGGCCAAGAACAUCAACCUCCGCCUCUUUAUAUUCCAGAUCCAGAAAUGAUGAGCGAGGGGGGGGCGGAGAGAGGGGUGGGAGGGAGAGGGGGA